CUGAAACAUGAGUUAAAAAUAAAUUUACGAUUAGUGAAAGCGAAAGUUAACUGGGACUGCCUGACAGAGGUGAAUACAAACUACUAGUCUGCUCAUGUAACAUGGCCACAAGCACACAAACUUUUUGACACACAAACUUUUUGACACACAAACUUUUUGACACACAAACUUUUUGACACAAUCUUAUAUUGUUUGUCACUGGACUAAAAUGGAAGUGGUUAAAAAUGAUUCCCAGUGUUAUUUUACUUGGAGAAAACACCUGUUUCUGGUUGCUCUAAAAAAAACAUCCCUUCUCCUUCAGUGGUUGAACCUUGAGACAGAGUUCAACUCAGCUUCAUCUGAUUCCUCAUCAGAUCUGGAUGAUUUAGACAGAAAAUCAGAACCAUCCCACACAAGUAAACAGAAGGUUUAUUCAAAGUCUUGUGCCCUUUCAAAAACUUCAUUAAAUCUGUGUGAUUAUUGUAAACGCCACCUUUCCAAAAGUUGCCUUGAGUUGGUGUCUGUGAGUUUCUCACUGGACCCUGGACUUGGCCAAGAAAUUCCAGUUUUUGUUGUCAAAGGUCAAGAGGUCACUGCCUCAAAACCUGGCAAGGUCAGCAAGAAACCAGGAACACAAAUUUUACUUUUAGUUGGGGUGUCGCAGCACGACUCUGGGAAUAAACAUAGCUCGCAGUUUUCUUUUAGUCUAGAAUUUUUACGGGAGUUUUCACUUCCUGUCAUAUUCAGCUCCCUGUUAAACAGCCAUGUGGGAAUUAUCCCAGAAUUUAAACUGUUGUGUGUGGAUGAAACCACAUCGACACUUCACAUAUUUCAUCAAGGUGUCACAACACCCAGGAUCCAAGACUUCAGGCUGCCUGUUGGGGAGACCCCAGCCCAACAACUGGCUGUCAUGGGGGAGACCCCAGCCCAACAACUGGCUGUCAUGGGGGAGACCCCAGCCCAACAACUGGCUGUCAUGGGGGAGACCCCAGCCCAACAACUGGCUGUCAUGGGGGAGACCCCAGCCCAACAACUGGCUGUCAUGGGGGAGACCCCAGCCCAACAACUGGCUGUCAUGGGGGAGACCCCAGCCCAACAACUGGCUGUCAUGGACCUCCACUGUGUGCACCAACAUGGCGUCUUCCUGCUUGUUUUAGCUGCCACACAGUCUCGCCAGUGUUUCUGCUGCAAGUUUUCACCUGUGUCUUCUGAUAAGGAAACAGGUCAACACUUUGAAGUAGAGUACAUUUCUCUUGAUGCCUUGUUUGUCUCAGACUUCUCCCAGAUUGUCAAGUCCAUCAAACUCUGGCCGUCCUGCUGCCAGAGAGAUGCCGGUAGAAACAAAACAGCCCUGACCAUGUUGACAGUGACAGGCUUUGUCCUCCACUUUGUCAGUGGUGUCAUGUCAGGGUGUGUCAGCAUUACUGACCAGCUGGAGACAGGGGAGUGGACAGACGAGAUGUGGGGAGAGUGUUCUGUGAAGAUCCUGAACUUCAGUACUGCCCACAGCGGGGAUGUGAGCGCCAUACAGGUCAACACCCAAUGUUUUUUGAUCAGCUGGGACACAGACCAGGUGAUAAAAACCUGGCAAUCUGUUUCAUCCAUUCACAGCUGUGAUCUCCAGUCCUGUGGGUUCCCUCUGUUAGUGCUUGUUCUUCUCUCAUCCAAGGGAGGAAACCAACACUUGCUUGACAGGUCAAGAACGGUAACUGUUGAUCUGGAUGACAUUGAUGAAAAGGCAGUAGCAGGACUUGAAACAAGAUCUGAUGAUUUGAGAGAUGUUGAAAACUCGGAGCAACAAAAUUUUGCAGCACAUUCUCUACUUCUGCAGCAUAAAAGCCAUGAGCUGUCACUACAAGAAGCCCAGUUGGAAGUCCAAAGUAAAAUGUUGUUUGUUGGUGACCUGUGGCAGAGUUUUUCUAAACUUCAGCUAGAAGAGUUUACACGCAAGAGCUCUUGUCUACCUCCCCUUGUGCCCCUGGGGUCUGUGCCCCAUACGUCUGUCGCCAUCCACCGGAACCUUCCGUACAAGUCUAUUGGCCAGGAGAAAAUGCUGGAUUGUGGAGAACCUUGGAUCAGAACUCUUGAGAACUCUCUCAUUGUAGGAGUUAGGAUACAGAAUGUCUCUCAGUGGCCAGUGUCAGACAUUGUCCUGACUCUUCUCCCUGCGUCACAUGCUGCCCUAGUGGAGUCAGUCUCACACCACUCCCACACAUCCAGGCUGACCCCCACACACCUAGGUCAAGGCCAGUCUAUGGACGUUACAUGUUGCGUGAGUCUGUCGCAGGUUCUCUGUGCUCCCAAGUUUCACUGUGUGGUCACGUAUGGUGUGGGUGAAGUCCCCACCAUGUGGUCUGCACAUCAAUACGUUGCUGACGUCCAACUGACAGAUGAUGAUGUCAUACAAGAAAGAUUUGGCCUAGAGCAGCCGCUUGGUCUGGGCAAGUCUGAGUUAGGUGAGGAGAUGAGACGUCAGGACUUGCUGGCACUAGACUGUUGCCAGGUACCAACACACCUGUCUGUACACAGCCUGUUUAGCUCUGUGGGUGACCUCCCCCACAAGCUGCAGACACACCCGUCCUUCCAUUGGCUGGACUGGGCUGACCAGUUCAUCUUUACAGCCAAUCAGCAGCUGAGGUUUGCCAGAGUUCAAGUGAUGAAACAAUGUGACAAACAUCAUUUAAAUCUGGUCAUCUACAGCAGAUGUGAGUACCAAGCGUUGCUCAUGGUCAAGCUCCUGUACUCUCUGGUACCAGAUGAUGUGACCUUUCAACCCCUCACCCCUGACCCCCACCAGCUGAUCAGGGAGUGGACACUACAGGACAUUGACCACCAGAUCAGACAGCUGCAGCAGACCUUGGCUCACACUCAAGGUCAAAGUUCACCCACAUUUAGUAGCUCCAGAGGGAACAAGUUAUCUCGACCACAAGCCAGGUCAGGUGGGGAUGAGGUGGAGAGGGCCACCAAGAAAUGUAAACUUGCAGGAGAGGAGAGCAAAGAUUAAAAUACAAAACAACCUGUGCCUGCUUAAGUUGGCAAUAAACUCAUUUUG